UGAGGCAGGCUGAGGGGACAGUGGAUCCUGAGGGUCUGUGGUCACAGUAGGUAGGAAGUCUCAGAGGAAGGAGCCCCUCCCUGGGAGCCAGACCCCCACACCAUGGCGAGCGUGGUGGUGAAGACGAUCUGGCAGUCCAAAGAGAUCCAUGAGGCCGGGGACACCCCCACGGGGGUGGAGAGCUGCUCCCAGCUAGUCCCAGAGGCUCCCCGGGGGGUGACCAGCCGGGCCAAGGGGAUCCCGAAGAAAAAGAAGGCCGUGUCGUUCCACGGGGUGGAGCCCCAGAUGUCCCACCAGCCCAUGCACUGGUGCCUGAACCUCAAACGGUCCUCGGCCUGCACCAAUGUGUCACUGCUCAACCUGGCCGCCAUGGAGCCCACUGACUCCACGGGGACAGACUCCACAGUGGAAGACCUCAGCGGCCAACUCACGCUGGCCGGGCCCCCGGCCUCCCCUACCCUACCCUGGGAUCCGGAUGAUGCAGACAUCACAGAAAUCCUGAGUGGGGUCAACAGUGGAUUGGUCCGCGCCAAAGACUCCAUCACCAGCUUGAAGGAAAAGACCAACCGGGUUAACCAGCACGUGCAGUCUCUGCAGAGCGAGUGUUCUGUGCUGAGCGAGAAUCUGGAGAGAAGGCGGCAAGAGGCAGAAGAGUUGGAGGGGUACUGCAUUCAACUCAAGGAGAACUGCUGGAAGGUGACCCGGUCUGUGGAAGAUGCUGAAAUCAAAACCAACGUCUUGAAGCAGAAUUCUGCCCUGCUGGAGGAGAAGCUGCGCUACCUCCAGCAGCAGCUGCAGGAUGAGACGCCGCGACGGCAGGAGGCCGAGCUGCAGGAGCCGGAGGAGAAGCAAAAGCCGGAGGCUGGCCUCUCUAGGAACGGCCUGGGCCCCGCCACCACGUCCCAGGGCUGCCCCGGCCCGCCAGGGAGUCCCGACAAACCCUCGCGGCCGCGCGGCCUGGUCCCCGCAGGCUGGGGAAUGGGGCCUCGGGCAGGUGAGGGCCCCUACGUGAGCGAGCAGGAAUUGCAGAAGGUGUUCACCGGCAUCGAGGAGCUGAGGAGAGAGGUGUCCUCACUGACCGCCCGGUGGCAUCAGGAGGAGGGGGCGGUGCAGGAAGCCCUGCGGCUGCUCGGGGGCCUGGGCGGCAGGGUCGACGGCUUCCUAGGCCAGUGGGAACGGGCACAGCGCGAACAGGCACAGACGGCGCGGGGCUUGCAGGAGCUGCGAGGUCGGGCGGAUGAGCUGUGCACCAUGGUGGAGCGGUCAGCAGUGUCUAUGGCUUCACUGAAGAGCGAACUGGAGGGGCUGGGCCCACUGAAACCCAUUCUGGAGGAGUUUGGGCGGCAAUUUCAGAACUCUCGAAGAGGGCCUGACCUCUCCAUGAACCUGGAUCGGUCCCACCAAGGCAACUGUGCCCGCUGUGCCAGCCAGGGGUCACAGUUGUCCACGGAGUCCCUGCAGCAGCUGCUGGACCGAGCGCUGACCCCGCUAGUGGACGAGGUGAAGCAGAGGGGCCUGACUCCUGCCUGUCCCAGCUGUCAGAGGCUACACAAGAAGAUUCUGGUACCGGGGAAUAUGGGCCACCAUGUCCCACUUUACUUUUCUGUUGGAGCAAAGGGAGGGGAACCCCAGACUCAAGGGUACUGCUGCCCAGUCCAGCAAGCCCAGCUACACCUACGGUCCUCUCCCCAGGAGCUGGAGCGCCAGGCCUUAGCCAAACACGUCAGGGCAGAGGCCCUGAGCUCCACCCUUCGGCUGGCCCAAGACGAGGCCCUGCGGGCCAAGAACCUACUGCUGACAGACAAGAUGAAGCCGGAGGAGAAGAUGGCCACUCUGGACCAUCUACACUUGAAGAUGUGCUCCCUCCACGAUCAUCUCAGCAACCUGCCACUUGAGGGGUCCACGGGAACAAUGGGGGGAGGCAGCAGUGCAGGAACCCCCCCAAAACAUGGGGGCUCAGCCCCUGAACAAUAAAUAGCCUCUCAUGCUGGCAUGAA